GUUCGUUAAAUAAUAAUGUGCAGAGAUUCAAGGUUAAGAACAAAGAGAUUGGCAGGUAAGUACUCUAAGCUGAUAAAAUAGAAAUAGUAAGGAUAAUGUUGGCUCAAGAUUAUGCAAGAUUUUGUGAAAUUAAACAUCAGCUUUUAAAAAAACAUAAAUGUGUUAAAAAGCCUCUCUGGGUAGCCAUAGUAUAAUAUUGAUGCAGCAAAGUGAAGAUUUAAAUGGAUUUAAGUGGACAGGUGUGUAUCUUUGCAUACUGUUGCGUAUUAUUGGAAGUGUGCGUAUUACAGGACUUUUGAGCCAUACCAGAGUGUAAAUCAGAGGAUUAAUGAAUAACAGAUUCAGAUCUGGAUUAAAAGUGAAUGAAUGAGAUGCUGUGUUGGUCAAUUCUCAAACUGUGGAUUAGUAGUGGGAGUUGAGUGCACGGGCUGUGUUGUGUAUGGGUUAUAUUUCUGUUUGGGCGAGCAAUCAUUCAUUAGUUGAGAAACCACAGUGAUAGUGAAAUAACACAGCAUGCAGUGUACUAACUCAGGUGAGUUGAGCAUGCAUAAAUUGAAGAGAGAGGUUUCUGUAUAAUAUGAGUGCGGACUAGCUGAUGAAGGAAGUACAAGAAUUCAGAUCAUAUGUAUUUGUUUGCAGUUUAGACACAAAUACUUUUAAAAUAACAGAUAUGUAUAACGUUGUGUUUUUUUGAAGAUUAACCCUUUGGCUGCCGGAUCAGCAAACUGAUUUUAAACGGCCUUUAAAAAAAACUUGGAGAAUCUGGGAUUUUGUGUUUUUGUUCAGUUGGCAGAAAUAGGUACGUUUCGCUCUUAAUUUCCGCCCCCUCUAUUUAUGACAGCCAAUCAGGAGGGCUGUGGAUGAGAUGUAGUUUGUUUGAGAAAAGCUUCGCCUUAAAGGCAUGGGGAGAUGUGAUCAGGGCAGCGAACAGAGCAUCAUUCAGAUACGAGAACAGAGGCACUAUUACUGACACACAGCAGUGAGCCAGCUCACCUCCUACCACCAAGACUCAGUAGGUACGUCUUGCAUUCCAACUUUCCUGGCCUCCUAUUUCACUGAAUUUUUCUUCGAGUCAUAAGAUGUAUUUGUAAUCAUCCGCGUAUUUUAAUUCUCAACUAUUUUUCUCUAUUUUAGUUUUAUUCCAUUGUACACUUGUUAACUAGACUAUUUCCUUAUGUUUCUUUUGCUGCUCAGUAUGUAAAAAAAUUUACAGUAUAAUUUGUUAUACUCAUUUAAUAUUUCCACUUUCUUCCUAUUUUUGUGUCUCUUUCCUUUUCAAUCUUCCUCUUUUUCUAUUCCCUUUAAUAUCUCCAUCCCACUCUCAGCUAACAUCUCACACACUAUUGUAUUACUGUCUUUUGUUCAUUAUGUCUUCCUAUGUUCUCUCUUAAUUACUGUUCUGAUAUACACCCUCCUUUCUAUGCCGGAUAAAUACUCUUACAUUUCCUUCCCGUCGUUCUAUUUUUCAUAUAUUAUUUUCCAUUUCUAUUGUUUUACCUUUAAUGUCUUAGCUUUUGGUUUUUGUUAUGUUUUACUUUUAUUUGUUAUUUGAUUCUGUUGUAUGAAUACUAAUUUACCCUUAUUUCAGAACAAAUUUCUAUUUCUAUUUAUUCUAUUUGAAACCGAAAUCUCACCCAGCUAUGGUGCUUGGUGUUAUCACUUUUUUGUUUUAUUCAAUGGUUUUUCCUAAAUGUUUUUGCCUUACACUUGCCUUUCCGUUUAUAUUUUCUUAAAAUUCUUUAAUGCUUUAAUAUUAUUGCUGCUUAUUAUGUCAUUUUCUGUCGUUCUUUUUGCCAUGCACUUUCUUUGAUUCCUAUUUACUUGGAUUUUUAUGCAUAAUACUUGUUGCAAAGGUUUUUGAGUAGGUAUAUUAUUCCGUGAUAAAUAUACAAAAUAAUGGAACAUUGCAGUAGAUUAUAAUAUCCCUUUUAUUGAAUGUACAGAAUUUCAGAAUGGCAAUCUUUUAGGAAAUCAUCUAUUUAUCAAAUCUAAAACAUUUCUUUACAAAAAGACAUACGUAUUUCGAACCUGGAUUGUGAUAUAUGGGCUAAAACAACAAGACAGACAUAAUUAUCUAGCAAAAAGUUAAAACCACAAACACUUUAUUCUGCAACAGGGUCCUAAGUAAUCAAGGAUGGGAGAGUGACAAAAAGAAAAAAAGUUAGUGAAGGGAGACUGCGUAUAAAGGGGGAGAUAGAGAAAUAAUUCACAGCAUGAAUAAGUGUAUGUACACAUAUCAAUAUGUAAGCGUACAGCGGUAUGUAUAUACACACACACAUAUAUAUAUACAUGUACACAUGUAUUUUUCACUUAUAUCUACUUUUAUAUUUUUUUAUAUUCUUGUUUGUAUCAUAUACACAUGUAUACACAUAUUCCAAAAUGUAUAUUAAUGUAUUCAUAUUGAUAUACAUUUGACAACUUUUAUACAUACACCUAUAAAUAGAUCUUAAUGAUAUAUAUCGAAGAUAUGGUGAACUGUGUAUUAUGGGAAAAUAAUGCCACUAAGGGGUUCUGAAGACUUGUAUAAACCAGUAGAUUUUCAUCCAUAUGUUUUAUGAAUGUCUUUAGAACCCUGAGACAAAAUUAUUUUCAAAUAGUACGUGGUUCACUGUUAUGUAUGUUUUAUAUGGAAUUAUAUUUUAGAUAUGGUUAAAAGUGUUAAAGGAUUACUCCAAACGCCAUGAUCAGUUCAGUCACUUCAGUGUUUUAAAGUGGUUGUGGUAUCUAAAGUCAGUACGUGCAGCUUUUUGCUAUGAAACGUUUAACCCCUUUGUUGAGUAACUCCACUUCCAAGCUGGCUAAUGGGAAUUCCUAAGCUGAGAUGCAGUGCCCACCAGGGACCCAGGUAACAGGGUUGACCAUAGUAAAACAGUUUGCCUAAUUCAGGGGGAAUGGCGCCAGGCUACUCCUACCACCAUAACCACUACAGUGGGUUGGAGCAAUCCUUUAAGGUAGAGUUAAGUGUUUAGUGUGAGUGGAGUGUAAAAGUGAAUAUUUAAUGAUCUUGUUAGGGUUAAUAUUUAGCUACAGUGUAGUGUAGAGGUUAAUGCGUACCUAUAGUGUAGAGUAAGGGUUAAUGUUUAGUGAUAGCGUAGGGGCUUAAUACUUAGUGCUGUGUGUUCUAGUGAUUAAUGUUUAGUUUGGGUUGUGUAGGUUAUAUGGAGGACUGUACUGCGUAGCAAUGGGACGUGCAUGUUCCAGUGCUUUCGGAGAUUACUAGGGGCUACAGUCCUGAGCAGCAGCUACAUCAGAGAUGGAACCUGUGCAUUAUUACACUUUCAUUAAUGAACUAAUUGCACAAAUCACAUCGACAUUGUGUACAGUACAGGGUCCUACAACAUAUAUGCUAAUGCGUUUCCAUUAAUAAUGCAGACAAUCUAUAGAUAAUUCACAAUGCUCUGAAACACAGAUGUUUGUUUGUAUUGCUAUUACACUGAUUGUUGUUGAAAGUAUUGCCAUUAUGGAAAUCACUUAUUGUCUUCGACUUGCUUUUCUUAACUUAUAACUCUUUUUAGCAAAUUAAUUGCAAUGAUUUACUUGACAACUGAUAAAAUAGGAUGUGAAAGAAAAUAAAGAAAUAUUUUCUGGAUUUUGUGGCUAAAUUGUCUGAGUUUUAUUACCUUUAAAGCACUGUUUAUGGGCUGUUCCUAUGGUGAACAAAAGGGACAGGCAACAUGUUGCAUGUUGCAUGUAUAAAUGUAUAAUGAAUAGACAACUACUUUCCAUCAUAAACUGGAGAAAAGCGUUUAAGGGUUUUAGCUAACGUACGAUGAUAUUAAACAAUAUUGUCUGCAAAGCAGUAAAUGCAAUAUUUACAGGGUAAUUCAUUCACUAAAGAGAGAAUUGUCAGGAAUUCAAAGUGAAUUUUUAUGUGAAUUUCAAAUGUUAAACGAAAAUAAAAGUCGAAUUGGAAAAAAAUCACAGUCAGUUAAUGCCUCUAGUUUAACUAUUUUGGCUCUAAAUCAGUUUGAAUCCACUUUGAAUUUCUGACAAUUUUCACUUAAAUGAAUAACCUUGUUAGUUUGUUCCUCCUUGGUAAUUAACAUAUACUUCAACUCUUAAUAUGAAAAAAUACGCAUAUAUUGAACUGACUUUUCCAUAGUACAACUUUGUACUGAAUUAUUAUAUAUAGUUUGUAUAUUUUGUUAAGUGAUAUAAUAGGUAUAAUAUGAACAUGUGGCUGUAUCUUAAUUUUACUGUCUAAUAAUUAGAUAAUAAUAAUUCUGAUGGAAUGCAUUAAUUAAGCAGAUCAAGGCUUAUAGUUAAUGCUAUGAAGAAUGUUCUACGCUAUCGGUGUUUUCCAUUAGAAUGUAACGUCGAUAUAUCCUUUUUGUGAUUAUUAUUAUUAUUAUUUUAUUAUUUAUAUAGCGCCAACAAAUUCCGUAGCGCUGUACAAUGGAUUCACCUUUGUUAAAGUUUAUAUUGGCAUUAGCAGUGCAGAGUUGUUUGAGAUUCAUCUUUCUAAACAGGCUACAUAUUCUCGGCUACUGUAAUAAUAUCAACCCCUUAUGGACCAAUGGCUGUCUGCUGACUUGUAAUAACCGAUUCAGCUAGUCCCAGCUGGACUCUAUUGAGCUGCCAAUGCUAAAUAAGUUGGACAUUUCAGGUCGAUAUAGUGUCUUUGUGGACCAGAUUGUGAUAUUGUGAUAGAAUGUCACUGGUACCUAAGUAGUUAAAAUAAAUUGUUAAAAAUGCCCCAAAACAUUUAUUUGCUAUUAAAUUGAGACUUAAAUGGAAAUAUUUUACCUGUUAGAAAGAAAGGUCUUAAUGUAAACAUACCAUACAGGUAUUGACUGUGAUUGUCAUCCGGUGACUCUAAUAAAUGGUUCUUGGAUAUACUAUUUUGUUGUGGAAAUUUGUUUAUAUUUAUAUAAAAAUUAUAAUUGAACAAUAUUAGGAUACAACUGGGGCAAAAAAGCCAUACAGACAAAGUUAAGCAUUGAAAUUUAUGACUAUGUAAAAUUAGGCAAAAAUUGAACAUGCUAUCACCAAAUGGCUAGGCUUCACAGAAACUAUUUUUGGGGGGGAUAGCAGUUAUUAAUUAUUAUUAAAAUAAAAAUAUAUGGACUUUUGUUGUAAAAUCAAAGUUUCAUUACUAUAAUUUUUCCAAAGAAAUCCCAUUUAUUGAUCGUGUGGAUCAUCUUUAAUAAACUAGGUAUGUCAGACAUAUACACAAAUAGAAGCCAAAAGUAUUCAGUUGUCUCCAAAAAAAAACACUUUUCUUAUUUUUAAUUCAUAGUAAUUAAUUAAUUUGUCUGACAUGACCUAGGAAUGUGUUUACAAUAAGUACAGCCAUUAAAGGUGUCUGUAAUGAAAAAGACUGCAUAAACUGAAUAAAAGCCAAACAAAGAACUGUGCAUUGUGCAAAAUAUGCAUUUAUAUUUUUCGGCAAAGUAAUCCUUGUAUGCAGAAUUAUUUUUAUGCUCCAAAAAAGUUAAAAAUAGACAGCUACAAACUAAAUGAUGGAACGCAAAUAUUUGAGCUUUUUUUCUUCAUUAAAUUAGUUAAUAUUAAAUAGUUAAUAUUAUAAUCUUAUAGUGCCUAUAUUAUUUGAGUAAAGGGUAAGUUUAGCCCAUUAUACAGCUCUAAGGAAUAUGAUGAAGCUUUAUAAAUAAAAAAUGACUAAUGAUAAUAAAAUGUAAAAAUAUAAUAUUUUAUGUUACUAUUUAACAGUCUCUAAAAUGUAUGUCCAAUUGCAUUAAAUAGAAAACAGACAGACAUAUUUUAAAAUUUGCACAGCUGAACAAUCCCCUCAAUAAUUUUCCUUCAAUUCACUAUUCGGAAAUUUGGUUGGUUCUGUUUAACUGCUAUGAAUUUGCUCAUAUGUAAAUAAAAAUGAUAUUUUGCGGAAUUAUUACAUCACAGGAAUGACCAGGUUGAUAUAUAAAACAAAUAUAGACUGAGUUGGGUUAAUGUUUUAUGCAGCUGGUAACCUACAUGUGUGUGCUGUUCUCCCUUUGCAGAAUAAAUUCCCACUAAAAAUAUCAAUGUCAAAAUACUGACUGCUAAGUGUUAUAAUAGUGUCAUGUAUAAUGAUGCUAAUUAUUAAAGUGUAAGGUUAGUUUCUGUAAUGUCACUUUGAAGAUUACCGAUUUACAGAGUUUAACCCUAACCAGUGUGGACACUGGUGAUUUUGUGUACCAUGAGUGUUAUCCCCAGAGGCAACCACAGGGCCCAGGUGCGAAAAUUGCCAUGAGGCCCCCCAUACAGCUACCUCCCACCCAUACGUCCCCGCCCCCCAUACGUCCCCACCCCCCCACACGUCCCCGCCCCCUCACACGUCCCUGCCCCCCCACACAUGCAAAAAACAGAUAUACAUGCAGAACACACGCACACAGACACAUACAUGUAGACACACACAUACAUACACACACACACAUACACACAUAGACCCAUACAUACAGACAUACAUACAGACACACAUAGAUACACACACACAGACAUGUAGAGACACAUACACAUACAGACACACACUCAGAGACACACACACAUUCAGACACACACACAUACACUCAGACAUGUGAACGGUGAGCUCCUGGCUGCAGAUUAUCAAGACAAACUCAGACAGUACUGGGCUUAUAUGUAAUGUAGAGGGAUGGUUAUUACAUCAGGUUUCACAACAUAAAUAUUUAAUACACGCAGUAUAUUAACAGGAAGUGCAUAGUUUUGUGUUUGCUUUAAUUCAUUUUUUUUGUUUUUGUUUUACAUAUAAUUACUCUCAUUUAUUUUGUAAACAUUGAUGCUGAAACAAGUUUUUUGUUCUUGGUAACUCAUUUUCAUACCUAAUGCUUCAUGCCAAGUUAGACUUGCUUUCCUGUCCCACUGAUUAGAGUUAAUGGAACCUUCUGCUGUUCACAAAACAAAACAAACAUAUUCUGACAAUUAAAGGGACACUGGAGGUACUGUAACUGCUUCAUAUCAUUCAAGUGAUUAUAGUGUUUGUCUGGCCCUGCCCUUUCAUUCAGUAUUUAAACCAUUUUACCUUUUUGCUAGUCCCUCACAGCUUUCAGCUCUGUACUGCGUGGGCUAAUGAGGAAGAAUUACCUGAGCAGCAAUGGACAGCUAUGAUUGGCUUAGAGUGUCAACUGACCUCUUCCAUCCUAUCAAAGUACCCAUUGCUGGUAUGAGUUUAUAUGAUUAUAAGUAUGCAAUAUUUUCCUUAGUAAAACCUCCAAUAUCCCCGUAGGUGGCCAGGGUUCAUUAAUUAGUGUUAAACUGUUCAAAACUGGAUGAGAACUGAAUGCAGGGACAGUACCAGAGGACUCCAAAUUAGAUGAAAUGGUAAUAGUGCAUAUUUAAGUCUAUUUUAAUUAGCAUGGAAAACAAAUUAAUUUGAAUUAAUAAAAAUAAAUAAAUAAAUUGUUACAUUUCAGUUCUAGAUUCUUCAAACAUGAGUGACGAUCAGAGCCUGUCUGAAGUGGAAAUGAGCCCUGUUGGGUCAGAGGACCCCUCCCUUACUCCUGAUCCCAUGCCACCCCAUGCCCACUCCAGUCCAGAUGAUGAUGAUGAAGAUGGAAAAGUGAAAAAGGAGCAAGAUUCUGAAGAUGAGAGGUUCCCUGUUUGCAUCAGAGAGGCAGUUUCUCAGGUCCUCAGUGGCUACGACUGGACAUUAGUGCCUAUGCCCGUGAGGGUUAAUGGUGGCAAUAAGUCCAAACCACAUGUAAAACGGCCUAUGAAUGCAUUUAUGGUAUGGGCACAAGCUGCUCGAAGGAAACUUGCGGAUCAGUAUCCACAUUUACAUAAUGCAGAACUCAGCAAGACUCUGGGCAAGUUAUGGAGGUAAAGAGCCUACUUAAACUCUUACUUAACAGAGUAUUUUAUUAAUGUGCAAGAAGGUUCAAACUUGUAUUUAUUUAUUUAUAAAAUAUUUUACCAGAAAGGAUACAUUGAGAUUUCUUUCGUUUUCAAGUAAGCCCUGGGUCCACAAAAAAAAUAAUAACAGGGAUAUUCAAUAAACCAGGAGUAGGCUAUCUUUGGCACUCCAGAUGUUGUGGACUCAAUCAGGGGAGACGUAGUCCACAUAAUCUGGAGUUCCAAAGGUUGCAUAACCCUUGCAAUGAAGAAUGAACUGUCAGAAAUUCAAAGUGAAAGUGUAAAGUCUUAAUAAUCCUUUCAUUACUUAUUUCCAUUAAUAACAUAUCUUAAUAUCUGACAUAUUGGACAUAGUAACACUUAAAUGUAGAUAGAUAGAUUCCUCAUUGAUUCCUGUUUAGGAAUGCAUCAAAAUUAAAAUUAUGUAGAUUUACAGAAUUGUAUUUUUUCAUUUAUUUAUUAACUUAAAUAUCUAAAUAUCUAUUGGUGUGCUAAACUGUUUAUUAUAGUCUGUCUGAAAUAUCUUACAGGCAGGAAAAACCUUUAUUCUCAAUUUCAUUAGGUGCAAUAAAAUGGGGAAAAAAUUAUUUUAAGUAACUUUACAUAUUAGCUACAACAAAAGGCAUUGCAGGUCACCAUUGCAUUCUUCUAAUAACCCUUGCUGUGUGCUCUAUGUCCAUAAGUCAUGAAGUUUGACCUCCACAUAUUGCUGCACAGUGUGAAGUAGGUGAGGGCUGCUAUUUGCAGACUCCAUGCAGUGAUACACAAGGACAAAAAGAAGCCCUUGCAGAGAAAUUUGUUUCCCUGCAGGCUGAAAAGCAGGAUUGAGGUAAUGGACAUAAUAAAUGGAUGUUACUAGCACAAAUUAAAUUUUUCAUGUUUUUCAAAAGACAGCCCUAUAUAAAGAAACCCAUAUGUAGCACAAUCCUUUAUCAAGUCAAGACACUAAGGCCUAAAUUUAGUAUUGUUGGAUACGUUUUCUAAAUGACCACCCUGAUCCAAUGGACACAUAUGCAUUUGGACAGUAAUGUCAAAGUGUUUGACAUGGAUCUCUUUCCACUCUGACAUCCUUGUCAGCUUUCAUAUAUUAAUUUAAACAAAUUUAUUUGUAGUCAAUCAUUUUUGGUGUUUUUUUAAACAAGCUUUCUUGUCCACAGAUUGCUGAAUGAGAAUGACAAGAGACCCUUCAUAGAGGAGGCUGAAAGGCUACGAAUGCAGCACAAAAAGGACCAUCCAGAUUAUAAGUAUCAGCCUCGUAGAAGAAAGAAUGGGAAGCCUACACCUGGAGAGGGAGAUGGGUCCUCCGAGACAGAGGGAGGUGCUGCUUCCAUUCAGGCACACUACAAGAACUCUCACCUUGAUCAUAGACAUGGUUCUCCUAUGUCUGAUGGAAACUCUGAACAUUCCACAGGUAUGCAUAAACAGCAUUGUGUAAAUGCUAUUUGUAGCUUCAUUUUGAUACUAUGUUACAACACAGCAGAAAAUAAAAAUGUAUUUAAAGAGAUACUCAAAGAACUAUAACCACUUCAUCUUAUUGAAGUGGUUAUAUUGACUGCAAUCCCCUGGCACCAUCCGGCCAUGCAGUAUUGGGGGAUCCUCAAUCAGUGUUAAACCAUUAAAAAUGUCUUAACACUGAACUGAGGGACAGCGCCAGGAAACUCUAGGCACUAAAUCAAAGAGCUGAAGUGGUUAUAGUGCAUGGAGUGUCCCUUUAAGUAUAAUUGGCUAUUAUGUCUUAAUAUAGCAGUGACAAUACUAAAGCAUUGCUAUAUCAGUGUAAUCGGCAUGUUUAGAUUUAAUUAAUUAGUGAUUAUUGUAAUCAUGUAUAUAAAUGCAAGUUAUUCUUGAUCUCAGGGAAAGGAUGUUUCAUGAUAAAGGAGUUUAAAUUUGUAUAAAAGCAAUGUUAUCACUUACACUUUGUUCUGUGAUUUAUCAGAUUACACAGGCUAGAUGUUUUAAUUGGCUCCAGUAUUUUUCGUAAUAUGCGCAUUACUUUGAUUUGAAAUGUUGCACAUUGUUUGCGUAUGUUAAUGCAAAGAUAUCUUUCCAUUCUAGGCCAAAGUCAUGGUCCACCUACGCCACCAACUACACCUAAGACAGAGCUACAGGCAGGAAAAUCUGAUAGCAAGAGAGAUGGUUCUCGUUCCCUGGGAGAAGGAGGCAAACCUCAUAUUGAUUUUGGCAAUGUGGAUAUAGGAGAAAUCAGUCAUGAUGUCAUGUCCAACAUGGAAACCUUUGACGUCAAUGAGUUUGACCAGUAUCUCCCACCAAAUGGCCAUGCUGGUCACCCAAGUCAUAUUGGGGGGUACACCUCCAGUUACAGUCUCACCGGAGCUCUGGCUGCUGGUCCCUCUGCUUGGGCUCUAGCAAAGCAACACCCUCCAUCUGUGGCAGACUCCAAAGCUCAAGUGAAGACAGAAAGCUCAAGUACAAACCACUAUACAGAGCAGCCAUCGACAUCUCAGCUGACCUACACUUCACUGGGGUUACCACACUAUGGUUCCUCCUUCCCUUCAAUCUCAAGGCCUCAAUUUGACUACUCAGAUCACCAACCUACAAGUUCUUAUUACAGCCAUUCAAGCCAAGCCUCCAGUCUUUAUUCAGCCUUCUCCUACAUGGGUCCUCCACAGCGUCCUCUUUAUACAGCCAUCUCUGAGCCUCCUAGUGUGGCUCAGUCACAUAGUCCCACGCAUUGGGAACAGCCUGUCUACACUACUUUAUCAAGACCAUGAAGAAUACAGAGGAAGAGGCAAAGGAGGGGCAUCUCUCGGAGAACAACGUGCUCCGACGGGGUCCUCCCACAGCUCAAAUCCCAGGAAGAAUCCGGAUUUCAGGAGCACCAGGAAACUGUAGUCAGUUUCUACGGGCCCCUAGGAAAGAUGGUGACCGGGAUACAUGGGCCAUUUUCUCUGAAAAGAACUCCAGUGUAAAAAUGGUGGGGGUAGGAUAGCUGGGCAAUGCAGGGAUGGGGGAAGGGAAUUCAUGUUAUACACAGAUAAUGGACUAGUGUCUUCCAUAUUAGAGAGUAGCUGCAACAUCUGUUCUGGUAGUGGCUUUGACCAUAGGUGCCAUGAAGACAGUGGAGGUUUUAAGACUUACAGUCAUGGACUGCUGAAGGCAUGGUCACUUCAGUCACUCACAGCAGCUUGACAUUCUUAUCCAGUUCAAAUGAACUGCUAACCUUUUUGAUAUAAGGGAUAGUCCAAACAUCACUAAUCAACUUAACAUCUUUUGGAAUUCACAGAAAAUGAAUUCCUCCUGCUCACUUGUCCACAACGUAGUAAAGUGCAUUAUAGCUAAUGAAGGAAAAUAUGAUGCAGUUCAUGGUUUUCAAUUGCAUUCGUUCACCUUAGAAGCUGAUGAAACAGCUCUGCAUCUAAAUAAUCCUGAGCAACCAGAACAAGUGGAGGGAGGAGAUCAAAUGGUUAUUCCAGUAGUAGCAACAUCAACAUGUACUCCAUCCGUUAUGCUGAUGAGAGCAAUAUGGCAUCAAUGUCUAAAGAAUGACUGUUGGGUGCACUAAGGUAGCCAACAAUUGGCCUGCAUAUUCAUCCACAGUAUUGUGCGAUGUGCAUGUACGUCUCUUGAAAAGAGCAAACUGGCGAUUUUUUUUACGUCGACGUCGUGGUAAUGUGUUGUCCUUUAUUCUGAAGUGACAACCACAUGUUUUUUUAUAAAUAUUCUGCUAUGAAAACACACAUGGUCAGGUUUAACGAAAAAUAAGUAGGUAGUCCACUUCUUGUGUAUUCAUUUAUAUAUUGCGACACCCUUAUGAAUUAUAGAAGAUAUGUCCUAAGGAAGACAGAAAAAUUAGGAGGAUUGUGCUAAAAAAGGUUCUUUAAUCUUUGCACCAACUAAACAGGACCUAUGGUGAUCAGAUAUAGAAUAACUAGAAGCUUAGAGAACCUUGGCUCUAUCAAGCCAACUUCAUUGGUAGUUAUUUAUGAAGUGCUGAUGUAGGGCACAGUUUUAAAAGUGAACCAGUCACUAUAGAAACCAAGAGAAUGUUACUAAUGGCUGUUCCACAGUUGCUCUUUUUACGCAUAAAUGGCUAGAAAAUCCCACAGACUUAAACUUCUGCCUAAUGUGAAACUGAUAUGGACACUAGGGUUUUCUAAGGUUUCUGACAUAUCGCCACAUGGAUGUGACAAGCAAGAUUGUGUUUUCACUAGUAAAAAAAAAAAUGUAAAAAAAAAAACAGUCAUCAUUGACGACCAAGGGAGUUUAUUCAGAAAGCGCACAGAGUAGUCAUACCUGAUUUGCAGAUAGUAUCAUUAAUAUUUGAAGGCAUCCUGCAGAAUAUAGAUACGUUCACAUAUAUUUUAGUUCCAUUCAAUUUUCUGAAUGCAACAGCAUACAAACACACACACACACACACACACACGCACACAUAUACACUAACAUGUUCAAUACAGGCAAAUUUAUGCUGCCAGUGAACUGUUUAAAGCCUAUUUUUUGCCAUAAAAAUAUUGGUCACAGAAGCUCUGAGAAAUAAAAAAAAUGAUCCAGAAAAACAAAACAACUGACAAUUGGAAAGGAUCUGAUUAAAUAAAAAUGUAUUUAGAUUUUGACUAGAUUUAAGUAGAGCAUAUUUACACAUCCUGCUUGUGUAGAGCAUAAUGAAUGUGUAAUAAAUGCAGACAUUGUACAUCUGUGACACUGGCAGAGCCAAUUCAUUUUUCCCCAUUGGCUUAUAUAUUUACUUAUAAUUCCGAUAUACCAGUCACCUUCAUAGUCUUCAUUGUCAAUUGUCCAUUCUUCAAACUUGUCCUUAGGAUUCACCAACUGGUCAGAAUUUUGGGAUAUUUCUACUUCAGCACAGGCAAGGUCAUCAACAACUCAUUCUUAUUGAAACACCUGCUCUCGAUUCGUGGCCUGUGGGUCUUGUAGAAAAGUUUGAAGACCAUGGGUCAAAACAUCUGCUUCAAAUAUUGUUUGCAGAUCUCUUUUAAGAAAAUUAAUGCAGUCAGAUACUCCAAGUCCCAAAUGAUUGCAUUAUCAGGCAUGCAUCUGGCUGUAUGGGUGGCAUUAACAAAGUGCACAUUCGUAAAUUCUCAAGGGUGGCCACUUUAAGCGACUUAAAAUAAUGUGCACACCAAUAUUUCUAGAAAUAGGAAUUAUGGCUACUCUGAAGUAUGGCUAUCAGGAUGAAAAAAUGGAAACAGUUAAGACAAUAUGUAAAUAUAAAAAUAUAUAUAAAUAUAUAUUUUUGUUUCAGACAGACGUGGUGAGACAGGUGUAUUUAAAACCAAACAAUGUCUCUGUAGAAUUUGGUUUUAACCAUUUUUUUAAUUUCAGGUUUUGAUAUGAAGAGGGACAGAAAUUAAUUAACCCAUUUGGGGUUAACUCUUAUAUGCUUUUGUCCUAUCCCCGGAUUAACCUCAGUGUAUAAUAAAAAUUGUCCCUUCCUCCAUCAGUCUUCAUUCAGUUACAAUAAGAUACUUUUUGUUUGUCUUUUCUUUCUUAUUAUAUGUAACUGCAUCUUUGUUAUUUAUGUAUAUAUCAUGUUAUCUUACUUAGUUUCUUUUGAUUUGUAAUUCCUUUAUUGUGCAUAAAACCUAUACAAAUAUAUAUUAAAAAAAA